GAAGCUUUUGGACAACAAACCACAACAACGUCUGAUCAUGAUCCCAAAGUUCGCCAAUCCGCACUUCCAGGGUCAAGACUUUGAGUUCGUGUCUCGAGCACAGCUUAGGUCUGACGUGGACCCCCUCGUGGACGCGGACGGUACAUCUGACGUUGAGGUCACGACCUCGAAGCGCAAGCUGCAUGAGCACCUUUUCUCAGAGUUUGGGGAGUGUCUAUCAAUAGCUUCUAGUCAUCCUCCUAGGAAGAAAAAGCGAUGUAAUGGGAACGAGACAACGCCACCGGACGUACAAGAUGGCUUGAUAUCAUUCCGUCUACUUUCCAGUAGAACACCUCCAAGGAUCAUAUCAACCAUCCCGAAACCUCCACCCAAGCCAAAAACAAGAUCACCUGAUUGUGAAGACAGUCCCAUCCAGGCCGACGAACGGAUGAGACGCGCCCAGUCUGUAGCCGUAGACUUUGUACGGGUAGGCACGCCGUCGCAACAGCACCUCAAGCCAUUCGUACAAGACGCUCACAAAGUUAUCCGCAUGAGAGGCAAUUUGCCAGUUCCUCACCCUGCAGUGAUGGUCACCGAAAGUCACCGACACGGAACAGUGCGCAGGCAGGCACUGCGACCACCAAUACCUGGUGCCAUCGAUUCCCCGCAUUCGUUGCGGGCAACCUGCAUCGUUUUCCCCACUGCUUUCCCUGAGGAUUUGCAAUCAUACAAGACACGGGGCAAAGCAGUCAAGAAGAAGCCGCCUUACGAACGUCCGCCUCCUACUUAUUGGAGGCCAGAUUUUAAUCAACGGGAAAAAUGCGUAGGCUAUGGGCUGGGCUAUCCAGGAAGUUGGAGUGUUCGUUAUGAGGGCGAUCCGAGGAAACGAUGGUAUGUGAGAGAUACAAUGCGGAAAGCGACUUUCAUCGCGUAGCAAUCAUUCUUCGAAUCACAUCACAUUGACGUUUGCUUACUUUGUGAAUCGGAACUUUACCUCAAUUGAGGCAACUUUGACUUUGAAGCCUGAAGGUACCGAGUAGCCUACUAUAGUACUUAUUUUCAUUCGUCUAGUGUGGUUCCAAACUCUAUGCCGUAACCAAAUACAAAAUUUGUCUUGCUGU